AUGGCAAAGUUUGUUAACACCAAAUUCCUCUUCAGAACCGGCCUUUAUAAAAUCAUCUCCCAGUUUGCUUCCCUGGAAAACGUCGUUCCGUCAUAUGUGCGAAUUACGGGCGAAGAUCAGUGCCAUGAUAUCAGUACUUUCACCAAACAGCACCAAACUUAUCCCAGCAAACCCUCAGGUCGAGCCCUCUGUGCUCCAAUCGUUUCUCAGAUGCAUGCUGACACACAAUGGCAAAUCCCGCAUUCUCUACACACCAAGUACAUGUUGAGUCCGCGAGCGUAUUCACUUCGGCGGAUACAACGGUACGGUCAUGGAUGCAGUGCGUCGUCGUUACCCGAGCAGCGCGACAAGCGACGAAACGUACAGUCCAUUGUCGGGGAAGACAUGUCAUUCUACGAACCUACCAGAAAGGACAAACAGUUCUUGAUAAGUGGCUCGGGCGCGCCAUCUAAAUCCAAAAAAUGA